AGCAACACGGAACCUGGGUAGGAGAGUUAUUUCCCAACAUGACUACUUCCUUAGAUUUUAUGUCAACAUUCUCAUAGUGAGUACAGGAAACAGUAAAGCAAUGUUGAUUUACGCUAGAAAUAAAGGCCUUUCCGCUGAAGACAUUUGUGGUCAGCGUACUACCUACUGAUAAAGUUGCAAAGGUACGUGCAUAUCUGCUGCACAUUUUGUAUGAACUUGGAAAAGAUGAUCAUGAGUUCAGAUUACGCUACAAUGGAGAGGUUCUGCAGGAUGCUUUGGCACUGGUUGAUUAUGACCUCAGUGAUAAUUCAGUCAUCACCAUGGUGCCCAUGGGCAAAUCCAGAAAUGUCCUAAUGGAGAUUCAAAGCAUAUCCAGCAGUCAUGUUGACCUAGAACAGACUGGCCUGCCUGCAAAUGUCACAACAGCACUUGAAAAGGAGGUGAAGACUUUUGAGAGACGCGAGCAACUGAUCAGUGAUCUUCAGGUUUUGCUGUAUAUUCAUUGGAUUGCUGCCUGUUUGGCAUUGCUAACAACACGAUGGUAUGCAGGAGUCUGGCUUGCUGUUCUAAGCCUACUAGCCAUAUGGCUAGUACCAUCAUACACUCGGCUUGGUGGCUUUGUUGGCAAUACAUCUCACAUUCGUCGACCAUUUUGUAUUGUGGCAUCUGUAUCAGCUGCUCUAUGCCUAGCAGUUGCUCUCUAUUUUGCUGCAUAUGAGUGGCUUGGAUUUCUGAGCAACAAGUGCACAGACUGGAAGUUUUCUGGUUUGGCUUGUUCUUAUCACAGUGUUUACACUGCAGUGUUUUUCACUCUUCACUCUGUCAUUCUUGUGCUGACUGCAGUCUUGUCCUUGAUUCUUCUUUUCAACUUCCAAGUAGAGCUUGGUGAUCUUAUUGAGAAGUUUUUGGUUCAAGAACGUGAUAUUGAGCAAGUCAUGGCAGCAGCUAAGAAUGGAAGUAUAAAAGAGAAGCGCACAGCAGCAUAUGAUCUGGCGGCUAUGGCAGCGUCUUCUGAUGACAACAAGUUUCGCAUUGUUGCAGAAAGCGGACUAAAUAUUCUGGUACAGCUGUCACUGUCACGUGAUAGCAUUACACAGGAGCAUGCUGUGGAAGCACUUGCUGAGCUUCUUACUAUUCCUUCUAUACAGGAGACCUUUGUGGAAUCUGGUGGUAUCAACACACUAACUGCAGUCCUUCACUCACACAGUCCUCGUGCCAUGCAAGAGGCUGCCAGUGCUUUAUACAACAUGGUGGCUGAGUCAGAAUCAAGCAGGAUGGCACUAGUGGCAGAUCAUGGCUUGGAUGACCUAGCAAAUGCAGCUCAUGAAGGCACAAUACGGUGUCAGCGUACUGUGGCCAGCAUUAUGCUUGAGUUAGCCUUCAGCACUGAGAUACGAUCUCUCAUGGCAAGCACCACUACUCCCGCACAAACACUGGUGCACCUUUGCAACAGUAAUGACUCAGAAACACUGCGCUUUUCCCUUCAGGCAUUGGAAGUGCUUGCCAUUGAAAACCCUGACCUGAUUUGUGCUCAGGACGAUCUUCUGAAGCACCUUGUUGAUCUGCCUUUCCGCUUCCUGGAUGAGCGUCUCUACCUUCUUGCCUCUAAAAUUCUUCUUUACUUUGCAGAAAACCCAAAGACUUGCAGAAAGCUUCUUUAUGAGGAGCAUGUGACUGACUCAUUCUCAGCAAUGGUGAAGACACACAGUGCAGUCCUGCAAAAAGUUGUGGUCAAAAUAAUGUAUUACCUUGUCAGCAGCCCAGAGCUAAGGCAAAAAGCCAGUCAGAAGGUGGACAAAGUCUUAGAGUAUGUCUGUGACUACCCUGGAGACCAGGAUGCCUGGGAUAUGGCUGAUGAGUGUCUCCAGCUUCUGAGCUCCUCUGGUGACCUCGGCAACCUCCCAGCACUGUCAACCCUUGAGAAACUUCAUAAAAUGGGAGACAAGGGCAGCAACUUUGGCUCCAGAACAUCUUUAGGAUCUGAAGGUAAAAGUGCAGGCAGCAGUGCCAGCAGUUCGCUCAUCAACACAAAAUAGGGCUUUUAUAAGUCCUUGAAGUGUGACUUUCUCUGGACAAUUGAGAGGCAAAAAGCUUCAGAGGGCAAAUCACAGUUUAUUAUCACCAGUGAGAGGCUAUAAACACCAUGUUCAUAGGCCUUGGGCGUCCGUUUGUGUAGUGGUUAAAGCACUCAGUUGUAUAACAUUUGUUUUAUUCAUUCUUUCUUAUUUUUAUCUCUUUUCUGGUAAAGUUAAGACUAACUUGACUGCAUAUGAGAUUUUAAGACCUUGAUGAUAUUACUAUGAUAUUACUAUUACUGUGAGUUGCUGAAAUUUGUAGAUUACUGAAAUUUGUAUGAGAAUUAAGAGCUUUGAAGACAGUACUUAACUGAGAUUACUACAGUUCAGUGGCUUAAAAUUAUAGCGUUGGUUGUUUCUAUAAUGAAUACCACCAAUAGGUCGAAGUGUGACCAUCAUGCAUUGUUGCUUCAAUUGUGUACUGAACUUGAGAAAGAAGGAAGAUGAAAUAUUAAUUGGAUUAGAACGUUUAGUUAUGUGGAACGAAAAAGUGAAUCAUGAAAUGCAUUCUUGUAGUUCACAAAUGUAUAAUGUAUUGGGACGGAAUUAAAAAUUUAUUAGUUUU